AUGGUUCCUGACUGCCUAAAGGAGGCGGUAGUAAGACCGCUUCUGAAGAAAUCUUCCCUGGACCCAGAAAACUUUAACAAUUAUAGGCCGGUAGCAAAUGUUCCAUUCUUGGGCAAGGUCCUCGAACGAGUGGUUGCGGACCAGCUCCAGACACUUUUGGAUGAGACCGAUUAUCUGGAUCCAUUUCAAUCGGGUUUCAGGCCUGGGUUCGGCACAGAGACAGCCUUGGUCGCCCUGUACGAUGACCUUUGUUGGGAGAAAGACAGGGGGAGUGUAACUCUGUUGAUUCUCCUUGAUUUAUCUGCGGCCUUUAAUACCAUCGACCAUGGUAUCCUUCUGGGGAGACUCGGUGAUCUGGGAGUUGGAGGUACUGCUUGGCAGUGGUUCUGCUCCUACUUGGCGGGUCGGCUCCAGAGGGUAGUGCAUGGGGAAUAUUGCUCGGCACCCUGGGCUCUCCAGUAUGGAGUUCCGCAGGGGUCAGUUCUAUCCCCCAUGCUUUUUAACAUCUACAUGAAUCCACUAGGUGCGGUCAUCAGGAGUUUUGGAGUGCAUUGUCAUCAGUAUGCUGAUGACACGCAGAGUUUGGGGGUCUUAUUAGAUCCGCUCCUGUCUCUGGAGGCUCAGGUAGCCUCGGUGGCACGGAAUGCGUUCUACCAGCUUCGGCUGGUAGCCCAACUACGACCCUAUCUGGACAGGGAGAACCUUGCCACAGUUAUCCAUGCUCUGGUAACCUCUAGAUUGGACUACUGUAAUGCACUCUACGUAGGGUUACCUCUGAAGACGGUUCGGAAACUUCAGCUGGUGCAGAAUGCUGCGGCCAGAGUUCUUACUGGGAUUAAAAAAUAUGAUCAUAUAACCCCUGUCCUGGCCCAGCUGCACUGGCUACCAAUAUGUUUCCGGGCCAGAUUCAAAGUGUUGGUUCUUACCUAUAAAGCCCUUAACGGCAUUGGACCGCAAUACCUGGUGGAACGCCUCUCCCGCUAUAUACCUGCCCGUUCACUACGUUUGACAUCGAAGGCCCUUCUCCAGGUUCCAAUGCAUAUGGAGGCCCGGAGAGUAAUAACCAGAGCUAGGGCCUUCUCAGUGGUGGCCCCCGAGUUAUGGAACGCCCUCCCUGAUGAGAUACGCCUGGCGCCUUCUUUAUUAUCUUUUCGGCGCCAGGUAAAGACCUACCUCUUUGCCCAGGCAUUUUAA